AUGACCUUGGAGGAUUUCGAAAAGUCCCUGGCGGAGGAUCAAGGGCGGCGACGGGAGAGGAGCGACAGAGACAAGCAUCGACACCGGGAUCGAGAUCGAGAGCGAGAGCGAGCCCGCGAUCGCAGCAAAGAACGCUCAAGACAUCAUCGCCAUCAUCACCAUCACCGACGCCAUUCGUCUAGGUCGAGAGAACGAGAGCCCCGAGAUAGCGACGAAAUUGGACAUCGACACAAGCGAUCCCGCCAUUCGACAGACCACGGCGAUGAGCGGGACCACAGCCAUAAGCGGCGACAUCGACACGAGAGCAAAGGUGACGAAUCGGCGUCUACAGCUCCGGUGAAGGAGAUUAUUCAGGAGGAGCCCAGUCGCUUGAAGCGAGAUGCCUGGAUGGAGGCUCCGUCUGCCAUCGAAGUUGAUUAUGUGCAGCGGCGGCAAUCGACGCGACUGGAAGAGGAACCGAAACCCAAGAUGCUUCAAGCAGACUAUGAAUUGAAGAUACACGGCAGGGAGUUAAAUCAGCACCUUCGUGAUUUGAAGGAUGAAAAAGUAUUGGAGGAACUCGAGGAGGAACCGGCACAACACGAGGUGAACUACACUUUUGGUGAUGCUGGUUCCCAGUGGAGAAUGACGAAGCUCAAGGCCGUCUACAGAGAGGCGGAAGAGAGUGGCAAGCCCGCGGAGGAGAUUGCGAUCGAGCGCUUCGGAGACUUGCGCUCGUUUGACGAUGCGCGCGAGGAGGAGGCGGAGUUGGACCGCCGCGAGCGCUACGGGGAGGGCUACGUCGGGAAAGAAAAACCAACGGGGGAGCUCUUCCAAGAGCGCAAGCUUGAGCAAGGCAUCCAUAGGGGAUCCCACGAACAUGUCCGUGACCCAGAACAGGAACUUGCCGCUCGCGGCCAGGGCCAGAAAAUGGAGACCGUGCCGCCAUCUAAUGCUACGCAACACCUCGAUCGCACAUCUCUCAACCGACUCAAGGCGGAGAUGAUGAAGGCGAAGCUCAAGGGAUCUGCCGAUGCAGCAGAGCUCGAGGAGCGCUACAACGCGGCCGCUGCAGCCAUGGCCAAUCGCAAGGAGUCCGAUGUUGUAGUGCUCGGAGUCAUGGAAAAUCGAAUGCUUGCUGGUCAAAGAAACGAGGUCAAGCCUGUCGAGAACAGACGGGGCCGUGAGCGAGGUCAAGUGGAAGAAAAUGAGGACAUGAGCAUUGAGGAUAUGGUUCGAGAAGAGCGGCGGACCCGCGACCAAUUCGGAGGAGACGGAAGGCGACUUGCGGAGAGAAUAGCAAAGGACGCGAAAUUCGAGAAUGACUUGGAGUAUAUGGAUGACAACGCUUCCAAACUCGCCAAAAGGGUUCAUCGGUCCGAGAUCAACCUCAAGAAUACCACCAUCAGCGAGUUCCAGAAGAUGAACCGAAUCUUGGACAACUGUCCUCUAUGUCAUCACGAAGAUACCAACACGCCUCCAAUCGCUCCUAUGGUGUCGCUGGCGACCCGAACCUACCUUACUCUCCCUACCGAACCGGAGCUCAGUGAAGGGUGUGCAACCAUUGUUCCGAUCCAGCAUCGCACCAACCUGAUGGAAUGCGACGAUGAUGAGUGGGAAGAGAUCCGAAAUUUCAUGAAGAGCCUCACCCGGAUGUACCAUGAUCAAGGCCGCGAUGUCAUUUUCUACGAGAACGCUGCUCAGCCCCAGCGGAAGAAACAUGCGAGCAUGGAGGCCGUUCCCCUGCCAUACGAACUGGGCGAGACCUCGCCGGCUUUCUUCAAGGAAGCGAUCCUAGCCGCGGACUCCGAAUGGACGCAGCAUCGGAAGCUGAUCGACACUCUAGCGAAGGCGAAGCAGGGGUUGGGCCGGAAUGCGUUCCGCCGCACUCUCGUCAAAGAGAUGCCUUAUUUCCAUGUUUGGUUUGAACUGGACGGAGGACUCGGCCAUGUGGUUGAAGAUGAGCACCGCUGGCCACGCGGUGAUCUAUUUGCCCGCGAAGUCAUCGGAGGCAUGUUGGACCUGGGUCCCGAGGUGAUCAAGCGACAGGGGCGUUGGAACCGAGGAGGCGAUCGCAGACUCGACGGGUUCAAGAAGCGCUGGAGGAAGUUUGACUGGACGCGGAUGCUGGUCGAGGGAUGA